ACCACGAGUAGCGAAUUGAGCAGAAAUGCGGAAGGGGUAUUAUUUUACUAUAAGUGAGCCGGCAUAAAGUAUUAUUUAGCUUUAUUCGCGUGAGACAGUAAAAGUUUUUGAGACCCAUCAAGUCUGUAGAUACCAACGCCGUGAUGGCGUUCCAUUGGUGCGACAAUCUGCACACUUCGGUGUUCACGCCUCGUGACUUCCAAGUGGAGCUGCUGGCAGCUGCAUACGAGCGGAACACCAUCAUCUGUUUGGGGCACCGUAGCUCCAAGGAAUUUAUAGCCUUGAAACUACUGCAAGAGCUGUCGCGUAGUAGCCGGCGUAAGGGCAAGGUCAGUGUGUACCUUAGCUGCCAAGUUGGCAGUGAUACGAAUGCCACAUCCAUGUGCACCAUGCUAACUCAUCUCACCGAUCUCAAAGUGUGGCAGGAGCAACCGGAUAUGCAAGUGCCAUUCGAUCACUGCUGGACAGACUAUCAUGUUAGCAUAUUGCGUCCAGAAGGGUUUCUGGAGUUGCUCGAAUUGGGUCAACUGGCCUUAAAUCGGGUGGGGCUGAUUGUAAUGGAAGAUUGUCACGAUGGCUCUGUCUAUAGCAAGUUGGUGCCCAUUUUCAAGAAUCACAUUUGCCGCGCCCCAGCUGGUGAUAGGCCGAGGAUCUUGGGACUAGCUGGGCCCUUGCACAGUGCGGAGUGUCAGCUGGAGGAGCUGAGUUCUAUGCUGGAAACUCUGGAGGAGCAUGUAAUGUGUCGCAUCGAAACGGCUAGUGAUAUUGUUACUGUGCUCCGCUACUGUAAGCCCAAACCCUAUGAAUAUAUUGUCCAGUGUGCUCCUUAUGAGAUGGAUGAGCUGUCCAGUGUGCUGGCCGAUGUUCUCAAUACGCAUAAAUCCUUUCUCUUGGAUCAUCGCUACGAUCCGUAUGAAAUCUACGGCACCGAUCAAUUUAUCGAAGAUCUAAAGGAUAUUCCCGAUCCCAAGCAGGACCCAUUGGACAUGAUUGACUCCCUGCUGUCUGUACUCUACGAGAUGGGACCGUGGUGCACACAGCGUGCUGCUCAAUAUUUCUAUCAACGUAACGAGAAGCAGAAGGUGAAGACGCCCCACGAAAGACAUUUUCUACUCUAUUGCCUUGUCAGCACGGCUCUCAUUCAGUUGCACACGAUCUGCGAUCAGUCAUUCCAGAAGCAUCACACGAGCAACGGCGGCGAAGAGUCUAGACAAAAUAUUGAACGCUAUUCCAGUCCGAAAGUGAAACGACUUUUGCAAAUUCUGCGCUGCUUCAAGCCCGAUGAGCCGCAAUCCAAGACAGAUAAUCUCCGCAAGAUGCGCCAUCAAGUCGAGCAGAUUGACUUUAAUAAGCUGUCACAGGCGGUGGAAAGCAAGUGCCAGAUUAUAGAGCAGGUGGAUCAGCCGCAGCAUUCGGAGACACGUUCUCUACUGGCCAAUCUCGAGCAGAUAUUGCAGUCCCCACCGCAAACCACACCCGCCCUAACCCACCAACCACUGCCAGCUGCAACAACAACAACAACAAGAACAAAUGGACCACCAACGAAUAAAACCAAGUCCAGUUCUAAUUCAGGUCAUGGCCAGCCUCGCAAUAGGAGACGUGUUUACACUAGGCGCCAUCAACGGGAUCAUAACGAGGCUGGCGACACUCUUUGUGGCCUCAUUUAUUGCAACCAAAACCAUACGGCGCGUGUACUCUUUGAACUCCUAGCCGAAAUGAGCCGACGCGACGCUGAUCUCAAGUUCUUGCGCUGCCAGUAUACCACAGAUCGUGUUGCUGAUCCGGCCACAGAGCCAAAGGAGGCGGAGCUAGAGCAUCGCCGACAGGAGGAGGUACUCAAACGGUUUCGGAUGCACGAUUGUAAUCUACUCAUUGCCACUUCGGUGCUAGAGGAAGGCAUAGAUGUACCCAAGUGUAAUCUGGUUCUACGCUGGGAUCCGCCCACCACAUAUCGCAGCUAUGUCCAGUGCAAGGGACGUGCUCGUGCUGCUCCCGCCUAUCAUGUAAUGCUGGUGGCACCCAGUUAUGUGCCUGCCGAAGCCAAGUCGGUGGAGUUGCGAGCGGAAAGUCAUCGCUACAUCUGCGGCGCAAAUGGAGACAACAAAGAGGACGAUAUGGACAGUGAUUCAGAUGACUCAGCAUUGCCAAAUUCUCUGGGCUCGGAUCCAUAUACCUUUGGCACUGCACGCGGCACUGUGAAAAUUCUAAAUCCAGAAGUUUUGAAUACCACCACGACGGAUAUACGACUGCAGGAGAUUCAGGAUGAUGGCACUCCGGCUGCACCCUUGGAAGCACAGAGUCAGGAUAGUAACUCCAGCGACGAAGCCAUUAGUUUGAGCACCUCCAAUGAGCGAACCAAAGAGAGACAAUUUCAAUGUGAACUUGAGACUUCAGACUCGGACAUUGUUAAGGAUGCCUCUCCCGCGUCUAGCGAAGAUCUGUUGGAUAAUCUGGCUGUCACUACCAAUUCCCUGGUACAUCAAAUGGCCCAAUAUCGAGAAAUAGAGCAGAUGUUGCUAUCGAAAUGUGCUAAUACAGAGCCGCCGGAGCUGGAGCAGCGUCAGGCGGAACGUUUUACCAGCUGCCUCUCUGCCUAUCGACCAAAACCUCAGCUCCUAACCGGAGCUUCUGUGGAUCUCGGAACGGCCAUAGCCUUGGUUAAUAAAUAUUGCGCCCGCCUGCCCAGUGAUACGUUCACCAAGUUGACGGCUCUUUGGCGCUGUGCAAGCACCGAGCGUAAUGGAAUCACCCUGUAUCAAUACACAAUCCGUCUGCCCAUCAAUUCGCCUCUGAAGCACGAUAUAGUGGGUCUUCCCAUGCCUACCCAGACGCUGGCACGCCGAUUGGCCGCUCUGCAAACUUGUGUGGAAUUGCAUAAGAUUGGAGAGCUGGACGAUGAAUUGCAACCGAUUGGAAAAGAGGGUUUCCGCGCUCUCGAAUCGGAUUGGGAAUGCUUCGAUUUGGAGCCCGAGGACGAGCAUAUUGUACAGUUGACCGACGAACCGCGACCGGGAACGACCAAGAGACGACAGUAUUACUAUAAGCGUGUUGCCUCCGAAUUUUGCAAUUGCCGGCCCGUAGCCGGACAGCCAUGCUAUCUAUACUUUAUCCAAUUGACACUCCAGUGUCCCAUACCCGAGGAGCAAAAUACACGAGGACGCAAGAUCUAUCCACCAGAGGAUGCCCAGCAGGGCUUUGGCAUAUUGACAUUGAAGCGAAUACCCAAAUUAAGCGCCUUUUCGAUAUUCACACGCUCCGGCGAAGUGAAAGUGUCAUUAGAAUUGGCCAAGGAGAGAGUAGUCCUAACGGAGGAGCAGAUUAGCUGCGUCAAUGCCUUCCUAAACUACACAUUCACCAAUGUGUUGCGUCUGCAGAAGUUCCUAAUGCUCUUUGAUCCCGAUUCCACGGAGAAUUGUGUGUUUAUAGUGCCUACAAUACGGGGUUCGGGUGCAGAGGGCACAAGUCGGCAUAUUGACUGGAAAUUCCUGGAGCAAAUCCAGGCCAAUGGCAGUAUGAUGCCACAGGCUGUUCCCGAUGAGCAGCGUCUGGCCCAGGCGUUUGAUGCACAGCGUUUUCAGGAUGCUGUCGUCAUGCCCUGGUAUCGUAAUCAAGAUCAGCCGCAAUACUUCUAUGUAGCCGAAAUUUGUCCUCAUUUGUCGCCACUUAGUUGCUUUCCGGGUGAUAAUUAUCGCACCUUCCGUCACUAUUAUCUAGUCAAAUAUGGCCUGACCAUUCAGAAUGCAUCACAACCGCUGCUCGAUGUGGAUCAUACGAGUGCUCGUCUGAAUUUCCUCACUCCUCGGUAUGUGAAUCGUAAGGGUGUGGCCCUGCCCACCAGUUCCGAGGAGACGAAACGGGCCAAACGUGAGAAUCUCGAACAGAAGCAAAUCCUAGUGCCAGAAUUGUGCACUGUACAUCCGUUUCCCGCCUCGCUGUGGCGCACAGCUGUAUGCCUGCCUUGCAUCUUGUAUCGCAUCAAUGGGCUACUCCUGGCCGAUGAUAUACGCAAACAGGUCUCUGCGGAUCUUGGCCUGGGUCGUCAGCAGAUCGAUGAUGAGCAAUUUGAAUGGCCCAUGCUAGAUUUUGGCUGGAGUCUUUCAGAAGUGCUGAAAAAAUCACGGGAAUCAAAGCAAAAGGCCAAAGACGUCGUGGAGGAAACAACGACUGGUCAGAAUGGGUCAGACCCUGUCGAAGAGGAGCAGGAGAAGCAAGAGAAGACUCCACCAGAUUCCAAGAAGUUGGAAAAAAGCGCCAAUGAACUAAUCAUUGAGGGAGAACAGCAAUUGCAGGAGGCGGAUGAUUUCAUUGAAAUUGGCACCUGGUCCAACGAUAUGGCCGAAGACAUUGAAUCUUGUGCUUUGAACGAAGAUGAAGAUGACGAUGAAGCGUAUCAUAUGGCUGGAUUGCCGGCCAAUGUAAAGUUCUGCGAUGAUGAACAGACGCGGUAUGGUUCACCCACCUUCUGGGAUGUAAGCAAUGGAGGCAUGAGUGGCAAAAGCGGCGCUUCUAAGCAGAACAAGACACAGCCGAAAAAUGGCAAAUCAAAGAGCAAACCAUCGACCUAUAAUUAUUACGAUUCGGACAACUCACUGGCCUCCAGUUAUGACGAUGAUGAUGGUCCCGUCGUAGUGCAUAAUUACGGUUCGGAUGAUGAUGAUGUGGCUGAUGAUAUCGAUGCGGGGCGCAUUGCGUUCAAUUCCAAGAACGAGGCCGAAACCAUCGAGACGGCCCAAGAGCUGGAAAAGCGUCAGAAGCAACUGUCGAUUAUCCAGGCUACCACAGCCAAUGAACGUCAAUACCAGGAAACGAAAAAUCUUCUCAUUGGCUAUAAUUUUGGACUGAAAGAGCAGGCGGAAUCGCCAGAAGAAACUAGGGUAGCCAGCGAGAGCUAUGAGCAAUCGAUAGCCUCGUUGCAGGCGGAGAUUGAGAAAUCUGGGAUGCUGGUGGCCCAUGAUCGAGAUUUGGAUCUAAAGCGGACGGGAAAAAUUAAACCGACUUCUAGUGAAGUUUCCAUAGUGCAAUUGAUCAAAGAAUUCCUGCCAUAUAUAGACGAAGAGCAACUAAUAGCCAGACUGGGUGAAAGACGAGACUUGCAAUUGUCAGAUCUCAUACAACUAAAUGCCGAAUGGUUGCUCAAACAUGGCCAAAAUGAAGUCUACAGCAUUUCAGGAUGUGGCGACAAUUUUGAUAACUAUAAUGAUCAACAUAGACUGAUUCUUGAGGAGGAUGAGAAGAAGAAGCUGCGCUUGCAGUACGAACCUCCAAAGAAACCAGAAAAAAUCGAAGGGACAGAACAGGAGACAGAAACAACUACUUCCAUGUUGACUACGAAUGGUUUUAGUUUUGAUCGUCAGCCCGAUUUGGUGGGUCAUCCUGGACCCAGUCCCAGCAUCAUUCUUCAGGCUCUUACCAUGUCCAAUGCCAAUGAUGGCAUUAAUCUCGAACGUUUGGAGACAAUUGGCGAUUCGUUUUUGAAAUAUGCCAUAACCACAUAUCUCUACAUCACUUACGAAAAUGUCCAUGAGGGCAAACUAAGCCAUCUACGCUCCAAGCAGGUGGCCAAUCUAAAUCUCUAUCGUUUGGGGCGACGCAAACGAUUGGGCGAGUAUAUGAUAGCCACCAAAUUUGAGCCACAUGACAAUUGGCUGCCUCCGUGCUAUUAUGUCCCCAAAGAGCUGGAGAAGGCCUUGAUUGAGGCAAAGAUACCAACACAUCACUGGAAACUAGCCGAUCUGCUGGACAUUAAGAAUCUAAGUAGUGUGCAAAUCUGUGAAUUGGUGCGGGAGAAAGCUGAAGCUUUGGGUCUUGGCAUCGAUCAGCGAGCUCCGAAUGGCCACCAACUGGACGACUCCAAUGAGAGUUGCAAUGAUUUUAGUUGCUUUAUACCCUACAAUUUGGUAUCGCAGCAUAGUAUACCGGAUAAAUCCAUUGCAGAUUGUGUGGAGGCAUUGAUCGGUGCGUAUCUGAUCGAGUGCGGGCCGCGGGGAGCUCUUCUCUUCAUGGCCUGGCUGGGAAUACGAGUGCUGCCGUACACCAAGCAGACAGCAAACACAUUGCCUGAGAUUGAGAGCAAUGAACAACAACGUAUUCCGGGUAGCACUAAACCGGAUUCUAAGAACACGACUGUCGUCUAUGGGAAAUGGCCCACGCCUCGUAGUCCCCUGCUUCCAUUUGCCCCCAAUGCCAGCGACGAGCUGGAACAUUUGCUCAGCGGAUUUGAAGAGUUUGAGGCAAUUCUAGGCUACAGAUUUCGUGAUCGUUCCUAUCUCCUGCAAGCCAUGACCCAUGCCAGCUAUACGCCCAAUCGUUUGACCGACUGCUAUCAGCGUCUUGAAUUUCUGGGCGAUGCUGUGCUUGACUAUCUGAUAACCAGGCAUCUGUAUGAGGAUCCGCGACAGCAUUCACCAGGAGCAUUGACCGAUUUGCGUUCAGCUCUGGUGAAUAACACAAUCUUUGCCUCUCUGGCGGUACGUCAUGGCUUCCACAAAUUCUUCCGUCAUUUGUCUCCGGGUCUAAAUGAUGUCAUCGAUCGAUUCGUACGCAUCCAACAGGAGAACGGACAUUGCAUAAGCGAAGAGUAUUAUCUGCUCUCCGAGGAGGAAUGCGAUGAUGCCGAGGAUGUGGAAGUACCCAAAGCAUUGGGUGAUGUCUUUGAAUCAAUCGCCGGUGCAAUAUUCCUUGAUUCCAAUAUGUCGUUGGAUGUCGUGUGGCAUGUCUACAGCAACAUGAUGAAGCCUGAAAUCGAACAAUUCAGCAACUCAGUGCCAAAAUCACCCAUACGGGAACUUCUCGAACUGGAGCCCGAGACGGCCAAGUUUGGUAAACCCGAGAAAUUGGCCGAUGGUCGGCGGGUCCGUGUCACAGUCGAUGUCUUCUGCAAGGGCACUUUCCGUGGCAUUGGACGUAACUAUCGUAUUGCCAAGUGUACGGCUGCCAAGUGUGCAUUGCGCCAGCUGAAGAAGCAAGGACUAAUCGCCAAGAAGGAUUAAAAAAUGACUGCAAUUGAAAUCACUUCACAAUAAUAGUGAUAUUAUCAUCCCACAUACAUAUAUAGUAUAUAUUGUGUGCAUAUACUUAAACAAUUUAUCUUACACUUAGAAUAAAUUAUUAAAUUAAAACAAAUUAAAUCUCUUUUUAAGACUUAUUGUGGACUGUCAAAAUGUUCAUAGAUUAGCUCAUUUCAUAUUAUACUCACUCACAGUUGUAAAGAUCAAAAUCCUUGUAAAAGUCUUUGCUAACGAUUCCAGGAUGCUUAAAAUAUAUGUCAUCCUUCAUUCUUAAUUUAAACUUGAAAGGAUUAGAAUAAGGAUAGUUUUUAAAAUCCAUUUUUGACAACUAUGAUCAUUUAAUCUUGAGCUUGGUUAUCCAAAAAGACAUUACUAUAAGUUAAACUGUUUGAAUUCGAAAUCAAAUUCAAAAUAAACUGAUAAGAAUUGAACCAUUCACAAAAAAGAAAUCUAUACCAUCAAUAAUGAAUACAAAAUGUAAUUUCCAUUCUUAUCCUUUCUUCAAUGUCUAAUAGGUAGGAUUGAGUCGCUUUUUGACUCACUCACUUAAUCGUUCAAUUAUUGCACUCACUUGGUGAUUGACUCAUUUGUUCGUUGAUUGAAUGACUCAAUUGCUCAUUGAUUCAACCUUUCUUACACUGCAAACAGAAUUAUUUGAAUAAGUUUUUUAAAUCACAGCUAGAUCAGUAAGUAAACUGAAUUCUGGCCAAAUGGAAAUGAUUUAAAAUGGAUUUCCGUUUGAAUUUUUAAUUUAAGCAAGCUAAAAUCAUAUUUUAUAAACUAAAUUCUAUGUUUUAUAAUAAUUGAGUAAUGGAAAAUGUGGAUAAGUAAGCUCCAUCUAUAGAAAAAGAUGCUUGAUUUGUUGCCAACUAUCGAUUAUCAUUAAAAUAUCCUAAUCACAAGAGUAAAAUAACUAAUUAAGGACCCUCGGGUAAUUACAGACUGAACAAAUGAGUCAAGGGAGCAAGUGAGUUAACUGAACAAUAGAGUCAGAGAUUGAGCGACUUAUUUACUAAGCAAAUGAACUUGUUCACUCAUUAAAAAGUGAGUCAAUCGUUCAAAAAAAUGAGUAGUUUAGCCCAAAACUAGUUGUAAGUAAUUAAAAAUUGAUCAAUCAGAUUGCAAACUGUUAACGUUAUUUUAUUUGCUUUGAAUACGUUCCCAAAAUAUGUACAUUAAAACUGAAUCUGAAACAAA